AUGGCCAUGAAAUGGCUGUAUGAUGUCAGAAUUCGUUACCCUAAUAUAACAGAAAUUCAAAUAAUAUUUCCUGUCACAGGACACUCUUUUAUACCACCAGACAGGAUAUUCGCAUGGACUGAAAAACAAAUAAGACGCAGAGAAAACAUAAUUGAGUCUCAGGAAUACAUCGAUUUGAUUGCUAAACACGCAACAAUUCACAAGGUUGGAAUUAAUGCCCUAAUUCUAGAUUGGAAGACAGAAAGACAAAAUAAUUUGAAGUCUAACUUUCAUUUCCAAGUCAGCAAAUGCAAGCGUAUUAUUAUCACCCGUUCGGGAGACAAAAUACAGGUAACUGGAGAAGUAGUAUACCGGAACAACAUUGCUGCAAGUACUUCAUUACUAAAGAAAGGUAAAAAAAUUGUCAAUAUCAAUCCAAGCGUUAUUGAAAUUCUUCCUUCAAUAAAGCCUGAUAAAUUACUGGACGUAAAAAAGUUAUUACAAAUACAUUUUGGACUUCAAUGGGAUCAGUUACCCGAACUUCUAUUUUAUAAAAAUAUUUUACAAAACAAUGUUGAUCUAACUGAAAACUAA